GAUUGUAAAACUUCUUCCACUGCAAAUGUAUUUUGUCAAGAUAGCAGGAAGAAACAGUGCCCAAGGCUCAAAGAAGAGUUGGGGGAGAAGGAAACUAAACUUGAAUGCAAAAGUCUGAGAAAUUGGAAUCCCAGCUUGCUUUCAAAGGAAGAAAUGGAAACUGAAUGGUUAAGAAAGCAGGAAGCAGUCAUCAAAAGAGAGAGAAUGAUGAAAUACUCAUAUUCCCAUCGGGUAAUUUCUGUUGUAAAUGCAUUCCUAUUAUGCUUCAUUGUACGGAUGGAUGUAGGAAAGGGAAAAAUGACUUUUGAAGGGAGGAAUACUUAUUUGCUAGAAGAACCACCGCCUGAGAAAGAAACUGGGAGGAGGAGCAGCCGCCUAGAACAAUGGACACUUGAUGCGGAGUUAAUCAAAAGGAAAGGGCUGAGGACUUCAAAACCAAUUCUACACUCAGAUAUGAUUGCCGGUGAAAUGCACAGUCCAGAACAAAUCAAACUGAGAAAUUCACAAAAGCAAGAUUCACCUGAUGGACUGAAUUCACCAUUUCUGUUUCCAAGGCGAUCAUUUGGUCAUGCACAGCACAAUACUUCUGGAGAUGAUGGUUCUCUCCCAAAUUCUUCAUCCUUUCCCACUUACAUGGCUACAACAAACUCUGCCAAAGCAAAGGCAAGGUCGCUGAGCACGCCAAAGCAACGGGUUGGAUUUCUGGAUACUUGCUUUGAUCACAGUGCACCAAGCAAGAAUGAACUUUUCAUUUGGUCUUCUUAUGAUGGUGAGCCACUUAUUAUCAAUGAAAAGAGAAGCAUUUCUCAACAGUUAUCUGCAGGCAUCAAUCACCGUUACUCAGUUGAUAGAUUGUCUGCUUUGCUUGGUGGGAUUAGUAAAGCUUGAACUUAACAAGGCUGCUCCAUACACUACUUUUUAACAAGACCACAGAAGCAAUCUGACGUCAACAAUGUCUCCUGAGAUUUAGAAAAGAUAUGGAGUGGUGAGUGGUGACAAGCUCUAGAUGGAUGAAACUGCAAAAUCGCAUCUCUACUAUAGCUCUUAUAAAUAUUUUGGGUACAG